AUCAAAUUCUUUUAAGAAAACAAAAACUAAAAGAGAAGACAAACAAGUUUUCUUGUUGUUUGAAGAAAGAUCAUCUCAUGUUCUGUUUGCAUCUUUUACACAAUCUUUGAAUGGCAUCGAAUAAUCAACAACGACAACAACAAGAUCGACCAUUACCAAAAUUUGGAGAAUGGGACGUGAACGAUCCAGCAUCAGCCGAAGGAUUUACGGUUAUAUUCGCUAAAGCUCGAGACGACAAAAAGACAAACGCAAGUGGUCGUGCCGCCUCACAACGCCGUGACAAUAACAAAUCUCAAGAUGAACCUACGAAGAAACGGUUCUGCUGUUUCUGAGAAACAACACAUCAUCAAGCAAAAGCUGAAUGUAAAACAUUUGUUAGAUAAAUGAAACAGUUUCAUAUUCACUUGGAAUCUGUAUAAAUUUAUCAUUACAGAGCUAAAAGCAGACGAAGUUUCGGUC